CAUUAUCCUCGCUUUCUGCGUUCAUCCUGGACAAAGAUAUUUUACCGCUUUUAAGAAUUGUAGUUUGUUUUGUUUUUUUUGAGCUGCAGAAACUAAAUUUUAAUCAUAAAGUAAUAAUUGAUUAGGUAAUGGCUACCUUUAAUUCAAAAUCUGUUACCCAGCGUAAAAUAGGGAAUAGUAAGCUUGAUUCUCAGUCAGUAGCUGCAUUAUUGGAUGUUGGUGGCGGAGGAACUCCAGGUCUCGCAGCCAGAGUUAGCUCAUCAUCCCGAGCCGUUAAUGUCAACAGUUGUCCAGCAAGUCAGCCGAGAAAAGGGCUUAGAAAAGAUUCGCCUUUAAGUGGCUCAUCGCAAGGCAUAAAUGUGAAGCCACCAUCAAGUGCCAAAGCACUCACGGCUAACGAAGCUGUUAAAAAGGCUCCUCCGAAGGUCGCCAGCAAAUAUGGUACUAAACCUAACCCGACGACGAGCACCCAACAGACAACGACGGAGGAACCGUCUCAAUUAAAUUGCCAGUCUCAACUCCAGACCAAAUACUUCGUAAAUGAAGAAGAUGGAAACCAAUUGUUUCAUCGAUGGAGUGGAACAGAAAAAGUCCCCAUUGAUAAAAAAACGAACAGUUGGGAAAGUGGGAGCGGAGGAUGGGCCGGGGUGCUUGAGUCGACAGAGGAGACAGCUUUGGAGCACAAUCACAAGGACGAGGAUAAAUACAGCAAUAAGGACCAGCAGCCAUCUUCUAAUGGUGUCCAAGCUGUUAAUGGCCCCGUUAAAAUGUUCCUCGCACGAGAGUCUGCUCAGCGAAGUCGAAGCGUUCCUAAUGGAUUUGGCCUUUAUCAAUCCGACCAUCCAAAUUGUUUCCCCUUUCCCCCAGAGAAAAUUUCAUCGCAACAAAUUUCUGCAACAGGGAAUUCUAUGAUUUGUAGCCCAACCUGCACUGGACUACACUUUUGUCUUCACACAAUUGGCACAUUUCUUCCCGCUGUGUCAUCGCCACAUCAACGAGUCGCUUAUCGUAGUCAACAGCAAACAGUUGAUGAAACGAAUGAACAUCACGCCGAAAUCAACGGUGAUUCUAAACAAAUAUCUGGGCCACCCAAACUCGAGGUUUCUUUCCAAGAAGCAUUCAGCAGCCUUCUCAAAAUUCGAAAUGUCGCAACCCAAUCGGAAAUGUGUAGUUUGGAGGAUUAUAAAAACAUUGCCGCAAUUGAGACAUUGCUGCUGAAAGUGUUUUCCCAAAAUUCGUCCAAACAGAAAAACUAAUCCAACUCACGUUAUUCAUGUAUGAUAAGUAUGCCAGUCGCCUUGAAGUAAUUAAGUUUGAUCUCUCUAUUUUCUAAUCUAAUUUGGUAAAUUGUAUGGGAAACAUAAUAAUCUAUCUUGUGCACCUUUAAUUUAACUUAAUGUGCAUUUGCCUCUCCCUGUGCUUAAAUAAUUUUAUUGAGAUAAUAUAAUUCUCCUUCUUAAUAAGUCCUUACUUAUAAGAUAAGUGUAUGUUUAUUAAUACGUCUUAUAACUGUAUGAAAGCAUAUUUAAAUUAUGAAACGUGAUAUUGGGAGAAAUAAAUCAGUAUAAUUUUUGUGAUCAAUUUAAAACAAAA